AUAAAAAGUUUAGGACUGCGACGGCCAGAAAAAAAGUUGAUUGCUAUCGAAGCCAAUCGGGGGUGGGGCGCUUGCACUGCAACGAGUCUGCAGACAGAAGAGAUCCAUCCUUGGUCCUCUCCUUCUCUCACUCUUUCAUCUACACCCAACAACCACAACCACCACCACACCCCAAAAAUGCCUAAAAUCAAGAAGAAGGGCCAGGCCGGCGCGGCCAAGAACUACAUCACUCGCACACAGGCUGUGAAGAAGCUCCAGCUUAGCCUUCCCGACUUCCGCAAGCUUUGCAUCUGGAAGGGUAUCUACCCUCGCGAGCCCCGUAACAAGAAGAAGGUUUCCAAGUCGGCCACUGCCUCGACCACCUUCUACUACACCAAGGACAUCCAGUACCUCCUCCACGAGCCCCUUCUUCAAAAGUUCCGUGACCAGAAGGUCCUCGAGAAGAAGAUCUCCCGUGCUCUCGGCAGAGGUGAUGUUUCGGAUGCCGCCCGCUUCGAGCGCCAUGCUGCCCGCCCCGAGGCCACUGGCAAGCCCAGGUACACCCUCAACCACGUCAUCCGCGAGCGCUACCCGACCUUCAACGAUGCGCUCCGCGAUCUCGAUGACUGCUUGUCCAUGCUCUUCCUCUUCGCCAACCUCCCCUCCACGAGCGCGGUUCCCGCCAAGAUGAUCGCCCGCUGCGAGCGCCUCUGCCUCGAGUUCCAACACUACCUUAUUGUUUCCCACAGCCUGCGCAAGUCGUUCCUGUCGAUCAAGGGUAUCUACUACCAGGCCAACAUCCAGGGCGAGGAUAUUCUCUGGCUCGUUCCCUACAAGUUCAACCAAAGGAUCGUCGGCGAUGUCGAUUUCCGCAUCAUGGGCACUUUUGUCGAGUUCUACAUGACUCUCCUCGGAUUCGUCAACUACAGACUUUACAGCUCGAUCGGUCUCAAGUAUCCUCCCAAGUUCGACCAGCUCAAGGACGAGAACGGUGCUGAGCUCGGCGCUUUCUCCCUGGAAGGCGUCAACAUGGCCACCCAGGGCGAGACCAAGGCCGUCACAAACGGAGAGGAACAGCAGGGCCCUGACCCCAAGGUCCAGGCUGAGGUUGACAAGAUUAUCAAGCAAUUGAAGGAGGACGAGUCCAAGAGUGACGAGACUGCCGAGGGAGAUGCCGAGGCCGACGACGAGGAGAAGCCCACAGACUCUAUCGACAAGUUCGAGCCCGUCGCCCCUGGUGGUGAUGUUCUCCCUCAGCCGGCGUACAGCAGCAAUGACCCUUCGCAGCUGUUCGCCAAUUUCACAUUCUAUCUCUCCCGUGAGACCCCCCGCCAGCCUCUCGAGUUCAUUCUCCGUGCCUUCGGCUGCAAGAGGAUAGGCUGGGAUUCCGUCCUCGGCGAGGGUGCUUUCACAAAUGACGAGUCGGAUCCCUCCAUCACCCACCACAUCAUUGACAGGCCGGUCGUACAAGCCGCUACCAAUGAGGACGGCGAUGGCGAGGACAACCAGACGGCCCAGAAGGUCGGACCCAACCAGAGAUACCCCGGCAGGAUAUAUGUUCAGCCCCAAUGGGUGUGGGACUGCGUCAACGACGAGGAGCUCAAGAGCCCCGAGCUCUAUGCUCCCGGUGCCGCUCUCCCUCCCCAUCUUAGCCCCUUCGUCAAGGCCGCCCCUGGCCAGUACGAUCCCACUUUGCCCCUUGAGGCUCAGCAAACCGAGGCCGAGGCCAUCGAAGCCGACCUUGAGGAUGCUGAGAAGGAUGGUGCUGAGGAGGGCUCCGAUGUCGAGAACGACAUGGAUGUCGACGAGGCUGAGGACGAUGAGGAAGAGGAGGAGGGUGACGAGGAGGAUGCCGAGGAGGCGGAGGAGGAGGAUGCUGAGGAAGAUGAGGAGGAAUCCAAGACUCUCCAGCGCCAGCUUGAACUGGAAGCCGAGCUCCAAGGCAAGAAGGUGCAGAACAAGAAGGUAGACCCCAAGACCAAGGCCAAGCUAGAGCAGCGCAAGACCCUUGAAAAGAAGGCACGCGAGGAGGCCGAGGAUCUGGAGCGCGCGAAGGGCAUGCUUAGCAAGAAGAAGCGCAAGCUGUUUGAGCAGAUGCAGUAUACCAACAACAAGAAGAGCGCUCAGGACGAGAAGCUCCGCGCCAAGAGGAGAAAGCUGGAAAAGGAGAAGGCGCAGAAGGCGUAAGGUUAAAACACUGGCAAGGCGUAAUUUUUAGCACUUGAUGUUUUGGAAUGGGAUACCAAAGGCUCAUUUUUUCUUUGUGUAAUUGACAAGUUUUGAAUCAUAUUCAUCGUGCCC